AUGCGCUUCCCAUAUCGGGCUACGGCUCCGUCGGCAUUUUCCCGUCUCACAAGCAUCCAGUGCCGGUAUGCAAGUGGUCAAGCCUUUAAGGCACCGUCCCUUCGAGGCCAGGGACGAAGGCGGAUGCCAGAUUAUGGAUCAGUUCCUAGUCCCCCGCUGGAACUGUUCACGUCAGCAACAGAAAGCGGUUUCAAUCUCCAAUGGAUGGAAGCCAUCGAUAUCGCUCGGAAAUGUAUAAGUGCUGCCAAAGAAAGCACGGAGACCUCUACCCCGAAUCUGGUUAAGGAUAUUCACAGCGAUCUUCACAAAAUUACCAUGGUGGCCGCUAUACUUCAACGCUCUCCUAGGCACCAUAUUGUGUCUGAAUGGUUAUUGCCUAAAGUAGCUCAUGCUGGGGAGCCAAUGGCUAUUCUUAUUCUUAGUUCUCGAUUGCUCAAUUCCAAGGCCGAUAAUGAAGCAUGGUUGCUUCGGAAACUUGAAGUCCUUGCUCAGCAGGCGAAGAUCUGGCCUGCUAUGGUACUGUACGGAUCCAUUCUGGAAUCUAAAGGCCAAUUACAAAGCGCAGUAAACUGGUAUCAGAAAGCCGUUGAAGUAGCAGAGCUGUCGGAGCCCUCAGAGACUUCCAACUACCUCUUUUCAACUUCAAUAUCCCGAAUUCGUCAGCCUUUUGAGGCAUAUGCUGAACUGAAACUAAAGCUCGGCGAAAUCGAUGAUGCGGAAAGGGCUGCCGAACUAGGUGCAUUACGAUAUGAUCGGUCCCAAAGUUUUGCGAUUCUUCUUGCUACACUCCUUAAAACGGAGCGUGGUUCGGACAAAAUUGAAGAAUAUCUCACAAAAUGUGCUAUGGGGGAUGGUAACAUGGAAGCUCGUUAUCAUCUGGGCAAAAUUUACCUUCUUUGGCAUCUCGGCUUGGAGAGGUUCGAAGCCAUUAGUGUCCCUGACGAAUAUCUAUCAAGACCAAUACUCCAAAAGUUGUUGUCCGUCUCUUCUCGAUACUAUUCCCCUAAUGAUUUCUGCAAUAUGGCGAAAGAGUGGUUCCAUCUUGCUAUCACUCAAGGGCACGUACUAUCUAUGCUGCAAAUGGCGUUCUUGCUCCGCGAAGAAAAUAAAAAUCACGAAGGGACGCUUUAUCUUGACUCCGUCGAAGAACACCCGAAAUACGCACAGAUGGUUGUCAAAUUGCGAGAUAUUUGGGACAAAUCAGACGUUGAUGUUAGUGCAAUCACACGAAAAUCCGUCGAGCCAUAG